AUGGAUUCAAAAUCAAAUCUAAAGAAAAUUAACAAGCUUAUUUUACUUAUCCUACUAUUAGAAAGAACAAUAGAGAACAAUAGAGAAACAAUUAGAGUUUUAUAAAUCAAAAAGAGUUUAUAAAAAAUAGAUUACCAAAAAGAAUUAAAAGUCUUAAAAGUAUAAUUAGACAAUCUCAAAGAAGGAUAAAAGAUCUUAAAUAAAUAGUUUUAACUUUCAAUAAAAAUUAUGAUGAAAUUACAAUCCCAUUAUGCUAAAUUGAAUAUGGUAAUGUUAUUAAUAUUAUCUAGAUGACUUUGCAUACUGUUGGAUUUGCAAAUAUAUUUGGAAAUCUCUUAUAUACAAAUCAUAAGAGAAUAUGGGGUAAUAUUGGAGGAGAUCUUUUUCAGGUAUCAAAGUAACAUCUAAAUAUAAGUUAUAACUUAAUUCAAUUGUUUAAGGAUUUCCUGAACUCUUAGAAACAAGAAUGCCAACUCCUUUUAUGAGCAACUUAGGAACUCCAUUACCUUUUUAUCAAUUUAUUGGAUAAAUGAAGGAAUUCACAAGUUUACUUCUUUAAUGA